CGUUAGCAGCGUCUCACAGCGCGUCUCUGAUUGGUUGAAAGUUCUGGACGGAAGGGUUUGUUUUUCACACCACACCCUAUAAACCCCAAAUCUUCCUCCAGCAUCUCUUCCCUCCGCGCAGCAGCAGGAUUAUUGUUCGAUUUCAUCUUUUCAAUUUGAUUUAAAUUUAAAACCUACAGGAACAUAACUUCAGUUAUUCCUUCUUAUAUUUAUCAGUUUAUCUUUUAAUGCUUUUAUUAUCUACGCGCUCAUUUGGUUUAUUUCUGCGUUUUUAAUAUUUAAGUGAAACGUAUUUCUUUUCUCUCUGCAGACAGAACAAUAAUCCACCAACGUGAUUAUCUUUUAUUUUAUUUUUGUAUUCUUUUUAAUAUUAUCUUCACCGUCCUCCUCCCGAGCUCUCGACACGAAGUGAUUAUCUUGGACUUUAUUCUUCAUUCUUAUUUCUCAUCCCUUGGUCCGGAGCGACUCCACAUGGCCCACAUGUGCAGGCAGGUGACCGGCCUCGCGGCGGGCUGCGCGGGCUGGGUCGGGGUCGUCGUGGCCACCGUCACCAACGACUGGGUCCGCACCUGCGACUACACGGUGGCCACCUGCGUCCGCAUGGACGAGCUCGGCUCCCGGGGCCUGUGGGCCGAGUGCGUCAUCUCCCCCUCCCUCUCCCACUGCGUGACCCUGCAGCAGAUCCUCACGCUGCCCGCGUACCUCCAGACGUCCCGAGCUCUGAUGAUCUGCUCGUGUCUCCUCGGUCUUCCCUCCGUGCUGCUCGUCCUCAUGUCCAUGUCCUGCGUCCGGCUGCAGAACGACACCUCGUCCGUGAAGCUGCGACGCGCCCGCGUGGGAUGCGUCCUCUUCCUCCUCAUGGCCGUGUGUGGCAUCAUAUCGACCGUGUGGUUCCCCGUCGGCGCUCACCUGGACGAGGGGCUGAUGUCUUUCGGCUUCUCGCUCUACGCCGGCUGGGUCGGUUCCGGCCUCUGCCUGGUGGGCGGCUCCAUGAUCCUGUGUUGCCACGGCAACGACCCGAGGACCCCGAGCAGAGAGAGCAGCUUCUACUACUCCAGACAGCGGGGCACCGCCACGCCGGUGGACCCCCCCGCCAACCACGCCAAGAGCGCAAUGGUGUGAAACGUGGGUCGUUUUAAUGGACUGUACAUGAUAAUAAUCAAGUUGUGCAUUUGUUUUUGUUUUUUUUCCAUUUAGCUUCUGUAACUUUGAGAGGGAUUUAUACGAAGUAAGCUUUGUGUAGGGGUUUGGUGCCUUGCUCAAGAGCAACCAGCCACAGUUAUAAUGGCAGAAAUGAUCUCAUUGGUUUAAUUUAAUCGCACUGGGCGGAGCCAAAUGGCAAAUUCAGUGUUAUCACUUCACGUGUCAUUAAAACACAGAAGGAAAUUUAAUGACUAUUCGCAUUUGUAAUUAAAAUAGAAAAGUUUAUCCACAGUUGAUAUUCGCGCUUUGUUGUCGAUGUGUUACAGAAUCUCCAGCUGUUUGUCAGCGUGUCAGACUUUCCCCAGACAGGAAGUGAAUGUUAGGACGCUUCAUCACGUCCUGUCUGGAGAAGGAGACGAGGUCAGCGACAUGUGUUAAAAUGAAUCUCCAGAACCUGCGAUGUUUUAUUGUUCAUUACACUUUUCGUCUCUUUUUUGUUGUUGUCUCUCUUAUGCAGCUUUCACACUUCUUUGUUUUUACAUCAUUUGAAUGUUGGAAUCUGUCGCUUGUCAUUUUAGAGCCUCUGACUUUGUUUUUUUUUUCCAAUGGUUCUUAUACGAACAUGUUUCCGGAGGAAAUACACAGACUGAGAUCAGCCGCUUUCAUUAAACAAUGAAAAUGUGUCAAACUAAAUUGUAAUAAUCCCCUCUUCAUACUCACAAUAUAAUCAAAGUGUAUUAACUCUGGAGCUGCAUUGUAAGAUGUUGUAUGGCGCUAAUAAAAAGUUUC